AUGAGCGAUCCGAUGCAGAAUGACCUUUUUGGGAACCAGGAACGUGGAAACCAGGAAACGAAUGCAGAAAGUCAGAGCCAAAAUGUCAGCAAAAAGCCCCCGGCCGACAUUGUGCCGACUCUCCGUUUUUAUAUCAACAACAUAAGAGAGCAGUUCUACAGGGCCACUGCUUACCUUGCAGAGAACAUUCAAAAGCGCGGCUUUAGUUGAAGCCAACAAAGCAUUCACGGUUUCUCGUCGGAAGUAAUAAAUAUAAUACAAUUUUUUGUAGGAAAUGUCUAUUCGCACGGAUAUCGAGCUCAACACUUUGAGGUCAUUGUGUUUGUUCUGCAUCGAACAUCUCAAAGAAUUGAAAGGAUUUGACCAGUUUGCUCAUCGGAUAAAUUUUCAGGUAACAUACAUGGAUUUUGCAAUCUCAAUUUGAAAUUCAGAAGGUCAUUCCAGAUCUGAAGGGGCUUGCGAGUGAAAUGACCUACAGAUUGAAGGAGUUCGGCAACGAUUUUGUGAAUAGUUAACAUUUGAAAAAGUUAACAAGAUUUGAUAAAAAGGAAAGUUAAAAACGAUCCUCAAUAGAUUACCGCAGAAUUAAAAAAACUCUAAAUUAAAUUUUGCACUUCAGAGCCAAUCAAAUAAUUUUUUUGAGUUCAAUUCGAAACUAUGAAAGAACUUUCCGAAUUUUUUUCAAUUUCAGUAUAUACAAAAAUAAAAUAUGAGAAUUUUUGCAAUACAAAUUUUUCCAGAUUGAAAAAAAUGCGAGCUGGAAGAAGAUUGUGGACACUCUGACCGGUUUAGCCGAAAAAAAUGGCGAAUACUUGAUUCGCAGAAAUAUUCCUUCGAUUCUGAAAUACUUGCUUAUUUUUGGCACAUUAUUCAUGUUAAAUGUAUUUUUUUCAUAAUUUUGUACAAUUUAACUUGUCUACUUGCUCAUUUUUUUGAUUGCAUAAAUGUUGGAAGUUUUCACGUCGCAAUUUUUUUGGUUCCAGUGGUUGAAAACCAUGCUUAUCUAUUUUUUCUUUCAGUUAUUCAUUUUUUUAUUUACUACUUUUUUUCUUGGCGUUUUUGAAAAGAAAGAGUUUAUUAAUAUAUCAAAAUGAACACCUUUUUCCAUUCAACUAGUCUGUUCGUUCAAAAAUUUUACGUAUUUCCUUUCGGACUUGCGGUGAGGUCAUUUAGAAAAAAAUGUAGGUCAAGCUAAUUUAUCCUUGGUCUCUAUCGUUUAUUGGAAUGAUAUUCCAUACUUUUUUCGAACUAAAGUUUUGUUUUUCUUUUUGUUGAUAACUUGUGUAUGUAUCAUUUUUUUGUUCUAGAAGAUCUUUUUCGCUCUUUGCUCGAAACAAAAAAUCACUCUUUCUUUGAUUUUCUUGAAAGUUUAUUCGAAGUGCUGACUCAGCAAUGAUGUGGUAGUUUUUAAUGGUUCAUUAGUUCUUAGUUUCAAGUACCACUAAAAUAUAAAUUCGAAUGGUACCGCAGUUUUACGGAAAGUUAUUUUUUUGAAUCUACUUGUCUAAUUGUGAAUCCAUUAAGUUUCAAUUUUUUUUUCCCUUAUUUUAUUGAUUUAAGAUAGAAUCUCUCUCGUAAGACGGUUCAUAACGGGUUAUAUUUCUUUCAAACAUUCUUAUUAUGUAUCUUCAUAUUUCACGUUCAAGGGCAAUAAAUAAAUAUAUAAACGUUGGUCUCUUUUCAGGAUUUCGUUGCGAGGAUGGCGGAGCCGGAUUACUGGGAUGAACAGCUACGGGACCUUCCUAUGAUCGAUUCCGGUAUCGGAAACGGGGAAGAAUAUUUGAUUCCGCUCCGCCAAACAAUCCUCAGAAUCUCGUGCUAUUUCUACAGGGCUAUGGCUGACCUUGCGGUCAAUUUGUUCAGAAACCGAAUUCAGGGACCCCACGAUUUUUUCCUGGUUUCUCUCGCAAUUAAAAUGCUUCUCAAGAAUUUUCUUGCAGAAAAUGGCUCACUUCGCCCUCAACGAAUGUCAGGCCAUCCUGUCGAUCUGUAAAAGCUGCCACGACCGUCUCGACGAAUUGACUUAUGAUGCGAGAUUCGCUCACCGUGUUAACAUGCAGGUAAUGUUCUAGGAUCUUUCAUUUUUUUCACCUUGGGAUUCAGGCGUUUGUACCAGACGUGUUUGGACUGAUUACGGAUAUCAAAAAAGGAUUGGAGGAUUUUGGGAUGGAACAGGUGAGAAUUUCCUGCAGCUAUUUUUAUAUUUGAUUAAUGGUUUGCAUCAAAAAUAGAUUAUCCAGUAAUUAAAUUUAGUGACACUAUGAAAAUCUCGUCCAAAAGUUCGCUAUGGUUUAUUUGAAAAAAAUGUCGGAAAUUAUUCUUUUUAAAACGAACAUCGGUUUUUUUAUAUUUUUUUCCAAUUACCUUGCUGCUUUUUUUGAUGGAAGUUUUGAAAUAACACUGAAACCGCUUUUUUUUGAAAUAAAUCUUUCCUUCGUGAUACUUCAGAAAAUAAAUGUCAACAGGCUGUUUAGUAUUUUUUUCUCUGUUAAAAAAAUCCUUUCUGGGCUGUUUGAAAGUUUUAAGGUCUUUAGACGAAAAGCGAAUAUAAAACGAAAUUAUUAUUUUCUUUUUUGGAGAAAUUGCUACCAAUCAAGCGAAGAAAUCGGAACAGUUUGAAAGAAAAUUUUUCGCAGUUUUUUUUAAAGAUGAACCUUCCUGCUUUGAGAAAUUUAAGUAAACGCGGCGAGUUAAAUUGAAGAAGUCACUUAAGAGUACUGAGCAGCCCAAGAACUAACCCUUGAAUCUGAUUCGCCGCGCGAGCUCUAAAAAUGAUUUUCAAACAUUUUAUUCAGGUCGAGAAGCAUCAGGGCUGGAUGGCGGUUACGGAUACUCUGAAAAUGGCCGGCGGCAAAAUGCUCUACACCAAAAUAUCAGAUAAAGAACGGAUGAGACUACAAGAACAACAAAGACUCGAGCAACAACAACAGCAAAAUCCCGAGGAACAUCAGCAGCAGCAGCAGCAGCAACUACAACAACAACAACAACAUCAGCAACAAGAUCCCCAGCAACUACAGCCACUAAAUCUGCAGCAACAUCAACAUCAGCAACUGCAACAUCAACAACAGCAACAGCAACUACAUUAUCAACAGCAGCAACUACAACAUCAACAGCAGCAACUACACCCGCUGAAUCUGCAGCAACAUCCGCAAAUGCUACAUCAACAGCAACAUCAACAGCAACAAGUACAUCCACUAACUCUGCAGCAACAACACCAGCUUCGACAACUACAGCUUCAACAACUACAGCUACCACAUAAUUUUCCACGGAUCCCGCAGCAACAUCAGCAGCAGCCACAACAGCACCAUCAGCACCAUCAGCCGCAGCAGCAGCAACUUCAGCAGCAGCAGCAACAUCAACUACAGCAGCAGCAACUUCAGCAGCAGCAACAGCAACAGCAGCCGCAACCGCAGCAACCGCAGCAGCCGCAACAGGGACAUCUUCCCCAGCCGGAAAAUCCGAAAUAA